AUGUACGCAUGUACCCUCUGCUCGAAGCCCUUUAAACAACUGUCGUCCAGAAACCGGCACCUGGAAUAUUGCCGUCAGACAACAGACCGGCCUCGCGCGCGAACUCUGUCGUGUCGCGCCUGCAGCGCUGCCAAGACAAAAUGCACCAGCACUCAUCCAUCUUGCACUCGAUGUCUACGACGCGGCAUCGAAUGUGUAUAUGAACAGCGACCCGGUCGGCGGCAACUGCCUAAGCAAAACGGCGCUGAUGAGACCCCUCUCAUGGAAACACGAACACCAACCUCAGUUAGCACUAAUCUAGAUGACGGCAAUACAGUCAGCCUGAUGGCAAAUCUCGACCAGUUGGCAGAUAAUAUGAUCUGGGAUGGGCAGUCGAAUUCUACAGACUUUCUUUUAAUGGAUUCAAGUCUCGCUGUUCCCAGGACCACACAAGCUUCUGCACCGAUAGUGGCAAACACUCCUGACUUCACAUUCGGCUUGCAAAGUUGGGGCAUGGAUCCACCGGAGCUGCUUACUGCACUUUCUGCGCCGCCAAAGGUCUCACCCUUGGCCGAUGCGGGGUUUCUUACGAGGCUACCUAUUGAUGAUCCCAUUGCACAGCGACACGCCACUCAUCUGAUUCAAAUCCUGCGAGCUUUUCCGCAAAUGAUGAUCCGCAGAGCGGUUUUCCCUCCCUUCAUUCAUCCUAACUGGCACCGUGGAGAUGAGCCUGAAGUGCGAAAGACAUUACCCGAGCCUAUUGGUAACUGCAUGAGUAUUGCACAGAUGUUCGCCUCCAGAACACCCGAUACAAGAGCCUUUGUUUGGAACGCUAUUAGGACUGAGCAGCGACGACUAAUGGACCAGUCUGAAUCAUUUGGGCCGGAUGAUUUGCUUGCCUCAAUACAAUGUUACAUUAUUUACAUUAUCAUGCGCGUGGUCGACGACGCGGCAUAUCAUAGCGAGCGUGACCUUAAUAUGCUACUGACCUUCGCAGUGGGUUUCCUUUUCUAUUCCUAUAAAUAG